AUGUUGAGGGGGAAUGAGCUUGUUGCUAAGAAUGAUUUUGGAAAAAUUGGGAAACGUGCGAGGCGUCAGUUACGGUUCCCGGGGCUCAGGGGUCUAGGUGACAUCGACCCUGUCCUGAGAAGUGGUGGCGGCGACCUGACCUUGCCCAGAGGUUUCAAAUUAGAGACUUAUCCUGAUAACUGCUUCAGUGCGUCACAGAGUCCUGGCUCACCCCGCCAUGUUAGUUCGCCGAGGAACAACCCGCCUCUUGAUCCACUAACGUCAAUAGACAGGUUUGCGACGGUGUUCAAGCUGACGAGCAGCCCAGGUGACAGUGUGGUGUCCACCCUACAGCGGGAGGGACUCACCACCCUCCUCGUCCUCCUAGAGACUUCAGGCCUCCUAAACUUUCUCAUAUCUGGAGAAAGAGGUCCUUACAUCCUGUUGGCACCGUCAGAAGCAGCGUUUUCCCGAUUAUCUCGAAAUGAGCUGCGUCAGCUGUCCCGCGGUAAUGACCUCGGCUACCAUCUCAUUCCCUUACUAGGUCGACCAGCCCCGGAGGUCAUGAAUGACUCAACCUUCAAGACCAUGCUGGGCCACGAGCUGAGGUUCAAUGUUUACGACGGCUCUGUGUACGUCAAUGGGGCAGCCGUAUCAAGGGGUGACGUACCCUUUUCGCACGGCACCAUCCAGGUGGUGGAGUCGGUGUUGGAGGUGCCGCUGGGUGAUGUACAGACGGUGUUGGUGGGCAGCGGACACUCCUACUCCAGGGCGAACACACUCCUCAGUGUCACUAACCUCAUGCAGUCAGGCACGUACACUCUGCUGGCGCCGCCGGACUCUGCCAUCACGUCCAAGGGUUACUCAUGGCCUGGGCUACUGAUGGACCGGGCGCUGGGGCAGGAUCUGCUGGCCAGACACACCAUCAGGGGCGCCUGGUACACUGAGGGUCUCCUGCAGAAGCGUACACUCACCACUUUGGCCGGCACUAGAGUCACUUUCAGGAAAGACCAAGACGGUACAGUCUCAGUCAACGGUGUACCGCUGCGCUCCAACAACUUGACAGCCACCAACGGUGUUGUACACUUGGCAGCAGACCUCAUACCAGAGUCAGACCUCGGCAGUGACCCCACCACCAUCCCAAACCCUUUGCUGAGUCAGACCGAAUCUCCCAUAUAUCAAAGUUUCACGUUCGGUGGAGACAUUAUACCAGAUGUUCCUCCCAUCAGUGGACUCUAUGAAACACCUGAUCGUGACCCUUUUCUUGACUUCAUUCCAAAAAUUGGAACAGUUUCUGAUGAGCACUCUGGCAAAGACACUCCACAACAGACCUCAAGUGGUCCAGAUUCACAACAUGCACGGGUUCCAACCUUCCAGGAAUAUAUUGCACGUUUUACUAUCGAUCGUGUUCCUCCAACUGAGAAUAACAUUUACACUUACAGUUAUCAGUCCUCCACAGACCCUAACCUUAAUCCGGAAUCUGUACAAACUCCACGUUUUCUGAAUCGUCAACAAACAGAAGGAACAGAUUCUCAGCAGAGUCCAGAGAGUCAGGACAAUGAAUCUUCAAUGCCAGAUAACUUCAGCUUCUUGGAAACCUCGGAUGAAACUUACAAGGAACAGCCAAGAUACAACACCCACACGCCAUUCGUUGAUGACUUUUCCCGAUUUGGCAAUUAUGGCACCAGAACGACGGGAGAUUUCAUAAGUACACUUACAUCACCGCAGAUAAAAAAUACUUAUCAAACUAUUAAUGAAGAGGGAAAUAGUGUUUAUGUAGCCAAUGUUGUCUCUCCACAACCUCAUCUACCGCAAGAAAACAGUCGAAACUGCUCAGAUGCUGACUGCCCUAGGGCUACUAGUCCAGCCAAUGAAAACAGAACCAGCGUCGACACCCAAGGAUCUCCUUUCGGAAGACCAAACACUGUCAUCGACCCACAGGCUUUUUCUGAGGAUCAAGCAGUCAGUCCCAUCGUCUCCAGAGUUCAAGUUCCCUUAGUUCCCGUAGUUCCUGAGAGCGUUGUGGUGUGGUCCCGCCCAGGAGCCUUGACGAACGAGGAGAGGUCCCAGCUGGACGUCCUCUCACUCUUGGAAAGGUUAAACCUCACCAGAUUCACGGAACUGAUAAACCGUGCCGGGCUGACACUCACUCUGAGCCUUGAUGGACCUUGGACAGUGUUCGCCCCGAGCGACGAGGCAAUCAACGCCAUACCCGGCUACUCCCUCCAGCAGAUAGUGUCCAACACGCGGUUCUUGAGACGGCUGGUUUCUUACCACCUGGCUCCGGGCAAGUUCACCAGCAGUGGCUCCUUCAGCCCUGGCGUCCAGCUGCCCACACUGCACGCCGGCCACACCCUAGUCCUUAACUACUACACAGAGGGCCCAGUAGCGCGAUGGGUGGCAGGAGGCAGCGUCAUCACCGAUCUGGACGAGGAGGCUACUAACGGCGUGGUGCACGUGGUGGAUCGCGUGCUGUACGCCCCUUACGGUGACCUGCACACCACCCUGGCCCUCUCCCCCGCCCUCACCUCCUUCACCAACCUCAUUACCAACGACACUCCCCUCCUCCAUUCUCUCUCAGGAAGUGGCCCCGUCACCUUGUUCGUGCCAUCCAACAACGCCUUCACCAAUCUUACCCUCCCGCAAAACCCACAAGCCAUGAGAGAGUGGGUGUUGUCACAUAUGGUGGAGGGCAGGUGGUACACGGCCGGCUUCUCCAACAUGUGGCCGCUCUGCUCACUUAAUAACAGCACGCUCACCACCGUCCUUACUGGUCAAGAAAACGUAACUGUAAAUGGAGUGGACAUAAGCUACGCAGACAUUACGACCACCAAUGGAGUAAUACAUGUACUUGAGUCUCCCCUCUUCACUCCAACUUAGGACCAUCACAGAAAACGCUAUAUUAAGUAAUCUUACGCCGUAAUAAACCUAGUAUAAGUUCGGGUAAUACUACAAUAUUUUUCUUUCGUAAUUUUUUAUUACUUCUGUACUCUUAAGCUGACUCCUGACAGACUAUGCUUGACAAAAACUGCAGAGACCUUUAAAAUUGGUGUUGCAAG